CUUCAUGUUUUUUUCAGAAGGAUUUGAUUGUGCUGAGGUAGUCAUUAGUCAACAAACUAUAAUCUCCGCCACAUUGUUUUGUCGUGUAGAACAUCAUCACUCUUCAUUCAGCGGCUAGAUUUCACAGGAAAAAAAAACAAAAUGCAACCUUCUCUCUCUUUUGCACGUGUCUCUGUUUCUGGUUGAUCCAAAUUCAGGAACCUGAUAAUAGGGACUUCCCAGCUCAUCUCUCAUCAUCACCACUGCCGCAAAUGGAGCUACUACACCAAGAGCAACAACCCGUUUCGCUUUCCCUUUCCUUUUCCCUUUCUGUUGUCUCUGAUGCUUCUGCUCCUUCCUCUUCAUCGGAACAGUCCAGUCCAGCAGAUGCAGUAAUCUUCUUUGGUCUCAGUUUGGCUCUGGGGAUUGCUUGUAGGCACCUCUUGCGUGGGACUAGAGUUCCUUACACCGUUGCCUUGCUCAUAAUUGGCAUUAUACUUGGAUCUAUAGAAUAUGGUACUCAUCAUCGGCUGGGAAAGAUUGGAGAUGGAAUUCGUCUUUGGUCAGAGAUUGAUCCAGACCUUCUGUUAGCUGUUUUUCUUCCUGCUCUCCUGUUUGAAAGCUCAUUCUUAAUGGAAGUUCACCAAAUUAAGAGGUGUCUUGCACAAAUGAUCAUACUAGCUGGUCCUGGUGUUGCGCUUUCAACUGUUUGUCUUGGAGUUGUCAUGAAGCUUACUUUUCCAUACAACUGGGGUUGGAAAACAUCACUGUUGCUUGGGGGACUUCUGAGUGCAACAGAUCCUGUUGCUGUUGUGGCUUUAUUGAAAGAUCUUGGUGCCAGCAAAAAACUAAGCACCAUAAUUGAAGGGGAAUCCUUGAUGAAUGAUGGGACGGCUAUUGUAGUUUAUACUCUUUUCUAUCGGAUGGUUCUUGGAGAGACCUUCAAUUGGGCUGCUAUAAUCAAAUUUCUAGCACAAGUUUCACUUGGAGCUGUAGGGAUGGGUCUUGCUUUUGGGAUUGCAUCUGUUUUGUGGCUAGGGUUUAUUUUUAAUGAUACAGUGAUUGAAAUUGCUCUAACAUUUGCUGUUAGCUACAUUGCUUAUUUCACUGCCCAGGAGGGUUCAGGUGUCUCAGGUGUUUUGACGGUGAUGUCUUUGGGAAUGUUUUAUGCUGCAUUUGCAAGGACAGCUUUUAAGGGUGAAAGUCAACAAAGCUUACAUCACUUUUGGGAAAUGAUUGCUUAUAUAGCUAAUACCUUAAUUUUCAUUUUGAGUGGAGUUGUCAUAGCUGAAGGAAUACUUGGUGACAACAAUGUUUUCUAUCAUGGAACAUCAUGGACCCACCUCUUGCUUCUCUAUGUUUAUGUACAAGUGUCUCGAUGCAUUGUUGUUGGAGUAUUGUUUCCCUUUCUUAAAUAUUUUGGAUAUGGUUUGGAUUGGAAAGAAGCUAUUAUUCUCAUCUGGUCAGGAUUGCGAGGGGCAGUUGCCUUGGCACUUUCAUUAUCAGUUAAGCGUUCAAGUGGAAAAUCAAUUGAGUUGACUCCGGAGACAGGAACACUGUUUGUUUUCUUCACUGGUGGAACUGUGUUUUUAACCCUUAUAGUAAAUGGGUCAACCACACAACUCAUGUUACGUUACCUUGGCAUGGAUAGUUUAUCAGCAGCUAAGAGACGUAUCCUUGACUUUACAAAGCAUGAAAUGUUGGACAAGGCAUUGGAGGCUUUCAGUGAACUUGGAGAUGAUGAGGAACUUGGGCCUGCUGACUGGCCCACAGUGAAGAGAUACAUCUCUUGCUUAAAUGACAUUGAAGGUGAACGUGUUCACCCUCAUGGUGCAACUGAAAAUGAUAGUCACCUAGAUCCUAUGAACUUGAAAGAUAUACGAGUACGACUACUGAAUGGUGUACAAGCUGCUUACUGGGAGAUGCUUGAGGAAGGAAGGAUUUCUCAAACAACAGCUAAUGUCCUAAUGUUAUCCGUAGAGGAAGCCAUAGAUUUGGCUUCAUCUGAGUCUCUAUGCGACUGGAAAGGUUUAAAAUCUAACGUUCACUUCCCAAGUUACUACAAGUUUCUACAGUCCAAUAUGUUCCCACCGAAGCUAGUGACAUACUUCACUGUACAAAGGUUGGAAUCUGCAUGUUAUAUUUGUGCUGCAUUUCUUCGUGCUCACAGAAUUGCUCGACAACAAUUACAUGACUUCAUAGGUGACAGCGAUAUUGCUUCUGCUGUCAUCAAUGAAAGUGUUGUAGAAGGAGAAGAAGCACGGAAGUUCCUAGAAGAUGUUAAUGUGACAUACCCUCAGGUUCUGCGUGUUGUAAAAACAAGGCAAGUUACAUAUGCAGUGCUACAUAAUUUAAUUGAAUAUGUUCAAAACCUUGAGAAGACUGGGAUAUUGGAAGAGAAAGAGAUGCUACAUCUCCAUGAUGCUGUCCAGACUGAUUUGAAGAAAUUACUUAGAAAUCCUCCUUUGGUUAAGCUUCCUAAAAUAAGUAGCAUACAUCCUAUGUUGGGUGCUCUCCCAUCUUCGGUUCGUGAAUCACUUGCCAACUGUACCAAGGAAAUGAUGAAAUUCCGUGGUGUGACACUUUACAAGGAAGGUGCAAAGUCAAAUGGUAUUUGGUUAAUUUGUAAUGGAGUAGUGAAGUGGGAAAGCAAGGUGACACCAACCAAACACUCAUUUUAUCCUACUUUUACUCAUGGGAGUACAUUGGGUCUUUAUGAAGUGCUGACUGGAAGACCAUAUAUCUGUGAUGUCAUCACAGAUUCUGUAGUAUUCUGCAUUUUUCUUGAAGCUGGCAAGAUAAUAUCAUGUCUCAAAUCAGAUCCUUCAACAGAAAACUUCCUGUGGGAGGAAAGUGCUAUUUUCCUUUCCAAACUAUUGGUUCCUCAGAUAUUUGGGAAACUGGCUAUGCAAGAUUUAAGAGCUCUUAUUGCAGAUCCAGAGAGAUCUAGGAUGACCAUAUUCAUAAGAGGGGAAACAAUAGAAAUCCCUCAUCAUUCAGUUGCCCUCUUACUAGAAGGAUAUGUAAAAGCUCAAGGUCGUCAAGAACUCAUAACAGCACCAGCAGCGCUGCUUCCUUCAUCCGGGAAUCUAAGCUUCCAAAAUUUGGCAGGAUCAGGUUCCAAGGGAGAUAGUUUUACUCAUCAAGGAUCUAUUUAUCUAGUUGAAACUACAGCAAGGGUAAUUCUUUUUGACAUUCCAGCAUCUGAGACCGAUGCUUCUCUUGUGAGAAGGUCAAGUUCACUGUUACUGCAUGCCGGGGAUCAUCCUCAUAGAUCUUUCCGUCGAAAACAUAGUGGUCUUAUGAGUUGGCCCGAACAUUUCUACAAACACAAAAACAAUGAGCAGAUAUCUGAAGGGAUUGAGCGACAAACCUAUAGUUUGUCUGCAAGGGCAGUGCAUCUGAGCAUUUAUGGGAGUAUGGUGCGCAUCCCUCGGCGGAGUAGAAGUUUGUCAAGCCAUCAUGGUAGAGAACCUCAUAGUCUAUCCUAUCCAACCAUGGAGUCCCACCGUCCACUUGUCUCAGUGAAAUCAGAAGGAGCUGCAACUGCUAAGAAGGUCCAUGAGGUCACAAGACAAGUUACAAAUCCACCUUCACAAAGAACAGAACAAAGAAAACAUCAUCAUGGUCAUGCAGUAAAUUCAAGCGAUGAUGAAGAUGUUAUUGUAAGGAUUGAUUCACCGAGCACUCUAUCUUUUCGCUAGUCUUGAGGGUCAAGAGUCUUAGGUAAUUAUUUGUAUGUCAGUGUUAUAUGGUGCCUCUCUAUAUCACCAGUAGUAUUUUAGUAAUAGAACAAAUAGUGAUAAUGGACCCUUGAGGCUGUAUUUUGUUAGCAAUAAACUUGUUUGAAACUGGGUUUUGUUACAUUAAGGUUUUUAAGUUGUACUAAAAAAUGUCAUUAUAGAAAUAAAUUUAGAAAAAUAAUGACAUCUUUGAGGUGUUUUCAUUA